AUGUCACAUCAACUAUGUCAAAAUUGUGGUUCAAAUCAAUUUGAACUUAUCGAUGGACGUCUGUAUUGUAUUAUAUGUCAAUCACAAAAUUUAUCAUUACAAACACAUGUUUCAUUUGCUAAUGAAGGUAAUGCACAAUUAGGUCGUCGAGUACCUGAACAAGCACAAAUAUUAUCAACAUUUGAUGAAAUAAUACCAGAAAUAAAAAUUUUUGAAGAUAAUAAAAUAAUAUCAUAUUCAAAAGAUUUAACAGAUGAAAUUAAAUUACCAAUGAAGAAUAUAUCUAUUGAUGAUGAUAAUGAUGAUAAUGAACGAUUAUUAUUAGAACAACAUGUAUGGAGUUCAUAUGAAGUAUAUAGUUAUAUAUUAAAUAAACAAAUUCAAUCAAUUAUUCAUUUAGAUUAUAUAAAAAAAGAAAAACAUAAUGAAUUUAUUGAAUGUACAUUUAUGCUUUAUUUACGAUAUUUAUCGGCUAAUGGUAUACUUAAUACAAAUAAACAAAGAAUAUUAAUAAAACAAGAAGAACGACGAUUAAAAACAAAUAUUCUAUCGAAAUUAAUUUAUACUGAUCGUUAUGAUCAACUAGCAAAAUUAAAUACACAUAUAUUAAAAAAAAACUUAUGUAUACUUAAUUUAGAUAUUCUUAUUGGUUUAAUUCAUUGUGCUUGUACAUUAAUUAAUUGUCCAAUAACAAUAAAACAAUUAAUUGAAUGGAUAAAUACAAAUAAAAUUCCAUAUUAUAAUAUAAAAACUUAUUUACCUGAAUGGAUGCGAGCAACAGGUCGUGAUCGAUUUAAUCUUGAAAAAAUGAAUAUACAUUCUGGAAAUUUAUUUUUUUAUUAUAAUAAUUGUAUUCAAUCAAUAAUAAAACCUUAUUUAUAUCAAUCUAUAUUUCAAUCUACAACAUAUUUCUAUGAAAUACUUUUACAUUAUUGUAAAAUUUUUUGUCAACAAAUUUAUUUUCCAUUUGAUAAAUAUACAUGUAUAUUAUUUGAAUCAAUAUGUCAUAGAAUUGUUGAAAUAAAAUUAACACGUCAACGUUUUCUUUCUACAUCAUUUGAUAUAGAAUUAACAUCAAUAUCAAUCAUAAUAAUUAUUAUUUUAUUAAGAUUUCUAAAUGAUUAUUUACUUGAUGAAUUUAUUCAACAUAUUAAUAAAAAUAAUGAAAAUCAACAAUUAUUUUCAUAUAAAUUAUGGUUAAAAAAUUUAAAUUAUUUAAUUUAUUUACAAUCUAUUCGAUAUUAUCAAUUUUAUGGACGAAAAUCAAUAUUAUCAGAAACAAUUACAGAUAAUCAUUCAAAAUUAAGAUAUAUGAAAAAUUUAUCAAAUAUAUUUAAUCAUAAUAUAGAAUUAAAUAAUGAAAAAAAAUUACAUGAUAUUUAUGAAAAAGAAAAAGAAAUUCAACAAAUUUUAAUUGAAAAUUCAAAAUCAGGAUCAUUAAUUUAUGCAAUAAAUACAAAAGAAUUUUUUUUGAACAAAUUUCAAAAUUUAUCAUCAAAUUCUCUACCAACACUAUUCGAAACAAUUGUUAAUACAUAUUCACCAUGUCAUUUUUCAAUAGUUGAUAAAAGUGAAUUAUAUGAAACAUUAUUAUCAUUAUUAAAUGGUACAACAAUAAAUCAAAUAGAAAAUUUUUAUUUACUUUAUCAACAAUUUGAUUAUGCAUCAUCAUCAAAUUUUCAUUUAAAUCAUCUUAUAAUGACAUUAACAAAAUUUUCUUCCAUACCAUAUAAUCAAGAUUUUUAUUCAUUUUUAUCAAAAUUUUUGAAAACAUUUUGUUUUCAUAAUCAAAGUAUUCAUCAUUAUUUUUAUCAAUCAACAUUAUUAAAACGUUUUAAUAUGAAAAAUAUUUCAAAACAAAUUGGAAUGAAACAAUAUGGUAUUGAUCAAUUACCAAUUAUAUAUGAUCUUAAAUUUGAACAAGAACAAUCAUUAAUAAAAGAGCAAAAGAAAUCUGAAUGA